UUAAAAAUGUGUACUAUUACUUUCAGAGAAAUGGCUGAUUCAGAAAAGGAGGCAAGUCACUUGGCUGAAGCAGAUGCUGAAAAGCAAGUUAUAGAGGACGCAUCUGUAACAAAACAAAUAGAAAUUAUAGACACUGUAGGUACUACAGAAGAGCAGCCAGAUACAGCACAAUUGCAUGAUACGAGUCUGCAAACAGAGCAGGAACAAGACACAGAAUUAGCAACAGAUGAAUUGGCUACUGCUGAAGAACUGGCACAGGGGCUGUCCACUGCAGAGGAACCAGAACAGGAGUCGGAUGCUGCCGAGGAACUGACAGCUUCUGAGGAACUGACAGCUUCUGAGGAACCAGUGCAGGGGCCAGAUGCUGUGGAGGAGCUUGCCACUGCUGAAGAAGUGGUGCAGGAGUUUGAUGUUGCUGAGGAACUAACCACUGAUAAGGAACUGGCUGAGGAACCAGCUGCUGAUAAGGAACUUGUUCAGCAUCUGGUUGCUGCUGAGGGACUGACACAGAGGGUGGACACAGUCGAAAAACAGGAGGAACCCCAUGUAGAAUCCCAGGAUGAACUCCCAGAGGUUCCGAAGGAUAUUUCAGAUAUCCAAGAUUUUGGUUCUGAAGUUCAACUGGAUGCAGGUGCUUCAAGAAUCGAAACAUCUCAAGAUGCUGUUGAAAUUGUUUCUGAAAAACAUAUUUAUUUUGCAACAGAUAUGAGUGCUGCAGAUGCCCUAUUAAUGGCUCCUUUGACAUCUCAAAGAGCACAAUUUCCAGAAACUACGAGAGAUGCUCUUGUAACAGUUAAAUUCAUGCUACAUCCUGAUAUCCAGAUUUUCGUUAUGGCAUUUAACAUUAACCGAACUGUGGAGCAAAUGAAGAAAUACUUUGCAACACGUUUAAAAAUACCACUGAAUAUUUUACAGUUUAUGUCGCUAGGGAGAAUAAUUGGAAAUAGCGAAACCCUAUGGAAUCUUGGUGCUCUGCCUAAUGGGACCAUACAAGUUGAUAUGUUCUCCCUUGAUGAAGAAACAUUUCCAUUAAAAGCAGCUAAACUCUUACACGAGUUCUACAUGGCUGAUGUUAUAACCGUUAGAGUGCAAACAGAUUCAGAAACCUUUCAGGAUUUAGACAUAGAGAUUAAAAGGCCAAGUUUCGAGAAACCAUUUUUGGGUGGAUUUAAACAUAAGCUUACAGGCACGGAAUACCAUAAUGCGGGAUCACAGACAGAUCCAAAAAAACGUCCAGACAAAGAAUAUGAAGAGUUCUGUAGGUCAACACAGACAGUUGUUGAGAAGAAAAGGCUGCAACAGACAAGAAAUACGACUUCCACUCAGAUGACUAAAAUUGGUGUCUAUGUGACAAAUAUUACCGAUAAACUUAUAGAACCGAAAAGGUAUGUGACAGCUGAAGAAUACCACGCACGACGACUUAGAGCAGUCAUUGUAAUACAAACCUAUUACCGACGAUGGCUAGCUAUUAAUAUAGUAAAGAAACUAAAAGAAGAACUAAGGUUAAGAUUGGAAUGGGAAGAACAAGAAGAGCUUAGAAAACAGAGAGAAAAGGCAGAAAAACUGCUGCGGGAGUAUAAUCGAAGGAUGCAUCCUAGAACAAAGGACGAUUUUGAAUUACUCUAUCAUGCUUUAGAAUUAUGGAGGCAAGAGCAGCUUGAGCUCAUCAACAACACUUUCAGUGGAGCUGAACGGAAGGCAGCUCUCUGUGGACUAUUAGAAAAAGAGGCCCAGCUGAUUGCUUCCAUUGGAAGACACAAAUUAAAUGCAGACGAAGAGAACCAGGAAAAAGCAAUCCUGUUCUUUUUGGAAAAGUGUGCAGCGCCCAAAAAAUGGAAAGCAUUUGAUGGCAAAACCACAGAGAUGGAUACACAGUUCACACUGCGUGCCAGGGAACUGCUUGAAAUCUACCGCAGCAUUAGUAUGAAAGACCUUCCCCAAGAUGAACGGCUCGAUGUGCUGCUAACACUGAAGCAUACAGUGAAGGAACAUGCGUGUAAACUCACAUAUGAAAUAGUAGAAUUAAUUGAUAGAGAAGCAGACCUCAUGAUGAGGGCAGUGAAGGAAUGUAACUUACAAGGACUCAGACAAAGAAUAUGCACAUUAUUUCUUCAGUAUAUUAAAACACCUCUUUUUAAUCCAGAGGUUGCUAGACUUCUCAAGGUUCCACCUGAUCCAAUGAGGCUUUAUCACAACAUCUACUUUUGCCUUGGCUGCAAAAGGUACCUGCCUUCUACUGAUUUUGCCACAUCUGCUAGUUCGCACACUGUCGGCCGGUGUCGCAUGUGCUGCAAGCUGAAUAACGAGGCUCGUAAGAGGGAAGCUUUUUUGAAAUACAAACGUAUGCUCCGAAAUCUCCGAGAAUCGGAAGUGAAUUACAACGAUGGUGCUAAGAUUGCUUUCAUAGUACAGCAGCAAGACCUGCACUAUAUGGUUGAAAAUUUCUGGGGUACUCAGUCAGCUCUUAGUGCCUGGGAUGAUCUCUAUGAUCUGGUCAUGGUCAGGUGGAAUAAGUAUCAAGAAUGGUCUCCCUGGAACACUAUUCUCCUUAGAAAUGAUGAAGCUGAUUCUCACCUCAAGCUGAAAAAUCUUGAAAAGGCUUAUGAGAUGGUGUUCAUUCAUAGGAUAAAGCACAAGCAUAUCCUUGCAAGGAAUUAUUUCUCCCAGUUUCCAGAGCUAGCCGCAGCUCUACAUAGAGAUGACAAGCAGACCAACACAGAUGAUCUUUUAAUAACAAAAUCUUUAACACCCGGUCCAUCAAAGUAACACUUUCAGGAUAUACAAAGGUGUUCACAUAUCUAUUGCUUGAAGAAUCGGUCUGAU